AUGCUAAAAUCAAUUGUUUUAAUCAGUUUAAUUUGCAGUUCUGCUUGCAUGUUUUGCAAUUACUAUCCGAUGGAUCCAUUAUCAUGCAUUAGUAAAACCGAUGGAAUUAUGUGUAAUUAUUUAGUCUUAGCAGUAGGUCAAUUUAGUGUAUUUGAAAAUGCCUGUGUGCCUACCUAAAGCACCAAUUUAGGAUGUAGUCCGUAACUGAAUAAGAGGGCUUGUUUGAGUUAGCUCAGAAACAUAGAUGGGAACGAAGCGAAGUGUUAUUUUGGAACAAGAUGUAUAGAGGCAAAAGAACAUUACUUAUAAAACCUAGGAUGUUCAUCAUUAUUCAAUCGAAACUCCUGUGCAAAUGUUAAGGGAAAGACAUGUUAUUGGGAUGGGGUUUAUUGCCAAGAAAUUAAAAGCUAAUUCGUAGAGGCGUAGAAUUGUAAAUCAGCCUACAACGUACCAGUAACUCCUAGUGCAUGUGCUUUGAUUGUGGGAGUAAAAUGCAAAAGUGGUUUAUUCUAAAAUGAUUAUGAAUGUGAAGAUGUCUCAGAUACGGAGGUGAACACUCUUGGAUGUAAAACUGAAGGAUUGAACAAAGAGACUUGCCUGUAAAUUCAAGGAUAGAAGUGUAUAUUUGAAAACAACUAAUGUAAUGAAAGUGCUAAGAAUAAUGGUUGUGACGACUAUAUCAAUAAGGAUUCAUGUUUAGCCAUUGUAUCUUCUAAAAUUACUUGUGUUUGGAAACAGAAUAAGUGCUAAGUUCUAAUUUUAGACAAUCUAAAAACCUGCGAAGAUUAUGUGAAUGUGAGUCCGAGUGUAUGUGCCUCUCAAGAAGGAUACUGUUAAUUUAAAGAAGGAAAUUGUAUUAAGCCAUCAAUACACAAUUAAAAAUGCAAUGAUUUGGGACUAAGCAGAUUGAGUUGUUUAUCAAUAAAGGAUGAUAAUUGCACCUUUAUUAAUAAUAGAUGUGAAUAGUUGAAUGAAGUCCAAUUGAGUCAAAUAUCAUGUGAAGAAUUGAAUGAAGAUGCUUGUGUUAAUGUAAAGACGUAAUUCCAAUUCUGUAAAUGGACUGGGGAAGAAUGUGUUGGGAUGUUUAUUAACUAAGACAUUGAUUGUCCAAUCCAGAAUGAAAAUAGCUUAUUCAAAUUCAAUGGCAAUAUAUGCUAAGCCAUAUCUAAGCCAGGAGUCAAAUGUAAGUAUAAUCCUCGAUCUCAUUUAUGUGAAAAGACUAUUGAAAGUGACACUUGUACUACUCCAUUUUUAAAUCUAAAUGCAUGUGUAUCUAUCUUAAAAAAUGCUUGUUAAUGGACCAGUUCUGGGUGCAAGUCAGCUACAAUAAUAUAAGAACAGACUAGUUGCUUAGACCUAGGAUUUGCAAAUCAAAUAGCCUGUUCUUAAAUAUUGAAAUCUGAUGAAGAUGGUUGCUAUUAUGAUAUUAAUUCUUAAUAGUGUAGAUUAGUUAAUGAUUAAUUGUUAAAUGAGAUUAAAUGUACAGGAAUGGGAUUGAAUAGAAUAGGUUGUGCACUAGUAUUAACCACUGGCUAAUUGUGUAGAUGGUACAACAAUUAAUGCUAGCAGAUCAAACAUAAGAAUGACGUAUAGGCUAUAUAUUGCUUACAAAUGCAAUAUGUAAAUCCAGCCACUUGUGCUUUAGUAGAGGCUGGGAAUGAAGUCUGUAGAUAUGAAAAAAAUGCUAAGGGAUGUGUUAAUAGUUUGAAUACUGAGACCAUGUCAUGCUCAUUUCCUGGAUUAAAUGCUUAUGCAUGUGCUCAAAUUCAAUUAAAAAGUUGCUAUUACGAUAAGGAUUUAUGGUAAUGCAAGUAGAUCACAGUUAUUACUGCCAAUACAAUCGUAAAAAAAUAGACUGAUAAAUUGUUAUUGAAUUCUGAUUGCGUGACUAGUUCACCUACUCCUGAUGUUUGUAGAUCAAUUACCAAAGCAAGUGCAAAGUGUUCUUGGCUGUUUAGAGAGAAUAGAUGUUCGAAUUAAUAUGUUACAUUUAAUGAGAGUUGUUUGGAUUAUAAUUCAUCGUAUACUGGGAAGAGUAUAUUGAUUAAUGCUAAUGUGUGUGCUUCAAUUGAGAUGGAGCAACCUGAUUAUGAUGCUUUGAAGGGGCCAUUGAUAGAUAAAAUGAAAGGGUAUUGUAUAUAUGAGGGAGGUAAUUGCACAGUUUUCAAAGGAAUCUGUGGAACACCUUGUUGCAGUGAAUUUGUAGGUAUUAAUUCACAUGUUUGUGGCCGUUAUUCAACAGGACAAUAUUGUUAUUUUAGUAAUGAAUUAAAAUGCACAGAACUGACAAUAGACAUGGUGGAUAUUACGAUUGAGAAAUAAGUAAAAGACUAUUACAAUACACUGCAAUUAAAAUGUUCAUACAUGAAUAAGAAUUCUUGUCAUAUGAUUGAGUGGUCAACCCAAUAAAGAUGUUAUUUCAAUGGAAAUCUAUGUGUGAAUAUCAACUACAGUUUAUAUCCAAAUUUGGCCAUAUUCACUGAUGCUGCUGCCAUCCUCAAUAAGUAUGCCUGUUUAGCAAUUGAAGCCAUGAAAACAGAUGUUAAUUCUGCAUUGUUUUUUGGAUACGAAGGGAAACAUUGCAAGAAGGAUCCAGAUAUCAUAGAUGUAACAGAUUGUGGAUCGACUGAGUUAAAUAGUAAUGCUUGUUAAAUGAAAUAUCCUGAAAUAUAUUGCAGAUGGUCGAAAUCAGAAUUGAAAUGCCAGAGUGUAGAUUCCUAUUAUGUUGAGAAUCUAUCAUAUUGUGAUUAAAAUUUGAAUGAAUUUGCUUGUGUAAACAUCCAAAAAGCAAGUUGUUUCUUUUCUUAUUAGACACAUAAAUGCACAGAUGCACCUACCUUAGUAGAGUGUAAGUAUUUUGGAUCUACUACAGGUACUGUCAGUAGAUUGGCAUGUAUGAAUAUCAAAUUAGACGGUUAAAUCUGUGGAUAUGAUGAUAAAAAGCAUGUGUGUAAAGAUGUGAAUGCUGAAUCAGAUGCUUGUGAUUUGCCAGAUGGAAACUCAAUAGCUUGUUAUGCUAAAACUAAAGGAGAUUGCAGAUGGGACGAUAAGGAAAUGUUAUGCUAUGAAAAUGAUAAGCCACUCACUUAAUUAGGGUGUGAGGACAAUGUCAAUAUUGCAAUAUGUCUAAAAAUAACUACUUAACCAUGUGAAUGGGAUAUCCUGAAAUUAAAAUGCUUGAGAUUGAAGAGCAAUCAAUCCUAAUUGAUAGUAGCUGAUAAUUUGUACAAUGCUGAGGCUUGUGUGUAAGUCUUUGGAGCACCAUACAGAUAUGAUCCAACUACUUAUUUGUGCAGUCCAAUUACAGCUGCUGAUAUUUACAAGGAGUAAAAAAAACCUGAAGAUCCCCUAGAACCUAACAUCUUAUGUGAUGGCAGUAUGUUACUCAAUGUUGAUGCCUGUUUAUUCAGUACAAUGCUGUAGAAAUGCUAUUUUGACAAAGCCUAGAGUGCAGAUAAAAGAUGUUAAGCUUUUACUGGAAUUCAAACGUCUUGUGAUUCACCCUAUUAAAUCAGUUUAUAAAUGUGUGCAGAAGUACCAUAAGCAUGUUAUUUUGUUAAAUCAACUUAUGAAUGCAAAUACAUUAAAGUUGAAGACUCAACUAAAUGUAGUGAUUUAAGAGAUUAAUCAGAUGAAUUUUUAUUUAAUAAGAUAGCCUGUGCAUCUAUCAAUUAUGAAUUUGCAGAGUAUGGUGGAACAUUGCAAUGUUUUAAGUCUCCAGAUCCUGAUAGUUAACCCGAUCAAGAAUUCUUACAAUAAUGCAGAGUUGAGAAAUACUGUAAAUGGGACCAAUUGACCACUACAUGUUAACUUAUGUCUCUGAAAAACUUAGCUUGGUUGGAAGCCUAAGUAGAUAUCACAGAUGCUGAUGGAAAUACAUCUAAGGGAAUAAAAAGGUGGUGUGAAGAGGAAGUGAUUGAUUUCGACGAUGACUGCUCGAACAUAUAUAGUAAAGGAGCAUGUUUAUAAUUAUCAUCUGUGUGUGCAUUUGAUAUUCAAAUGGGAGGUUGUUUUGAAAUUGCUGGAAAUGAAAAAUAAAUCUUAUCAUGUGAAGAUGUCAUUGGUGAUAAUUGUUUAAAGUCCAGAAAUCCUAAUGCCCCAUGUAUUAUAGAUGAUUCAACAAGUAUAAUAUUUCCUAAGAUUGAUCUUUGUGAUGGAUAUCCUAAUAGUGAGGAAUAGGUGUGCAAGUAGACAGCACCUUCUAAAUGUAAAGAUGCAGAAGGACUAGGAAGAGUGAGUCCUAUUGUUUGUAGUAAAGUAAGUGAUAAUUGUUACUAUGAUGGUGCUAAAUGUUCUUCAGAUACAAAAAAGAAAAAAUGCAAUGAAACAUUCAGUUAACUUGCCUGUCUAUCUAAUGGAUGUGAUUUCACUUUAGGAUAUUGCCAACAAGUGUAUACAUCACCAUCUUUCGAUUAAACAUCUCCUUUUUAUCUUUAUCAAUGUCAAUACAUCAGUAAGUUGAGUGUGUCUAGUUUAGUCAAAAGACAAGCUUGCGUAUAAAUGGAUUUUCCUUGUGCAUUCUAAAAUGAAUAAUGUGUGGCAUCAGCAUAGGCUACUUGUUCAUCUCUUAAUUAAUUGCCAGUCACUAAACAAACAUGCAUUUAUUGUAUUGGUGGAUCCUAUGCUUAUGAUUCAACCACUAAUUAUUGUAAUUCAUUAGUGACACAGUAAACAGGAUGUUAGGAUGCCAACAAAGAUGGUUGUUUAAGUAUGACAACUGGUAAGAAUUGUACUUGGAAAAAUGGAUAAUGUGUGGAAUAAAGUGAUUCAGAUGUAUCAAAACUAAUAGAUUGUUCUUUAACAAAUUCAUAUGGGUGUCCCAAAGUUUCGAAUUCUUGUUGGAAAUCUCCAUCUACUAAAUUUUGUUCGAUGGUAGAUAUAUAUUCAACUUGCAAAUUAAUUAAGUAAUAGAAUGGAAAUAAGUUGGCAUGUAUAAUUAGUAAUUUGUAAUCAUGUCAAUGGCUAGACAAUGCAUGUGAAGAUUAUUCAUUAGAUAGUUUGGAUUGCACCUUGGCUAAUAAAUUUGGUUGUUUAAACUUAACCAAAGUGUCUUGUGGAUGGUCAGAAGAGGAUUAAAAAUGUUAUUCAAUUCUAUAUAAAAAACCAGUGGCAUCAUGUACUAAUUUCUUUGAUUCAACUAAGAAGAUGAUUAAAUUUAAUGCAAAGUCAUGUUCAGAAAUUAAAGAUGUUGCUUGUUUUAGAGAUAGAACUCAAAAAUGCAAUUCGAUUGGAAUUAAAGAUAAAAUAACAUGUGGAACAACAGGAUUAAGUAAAUUAGGUUGUUAUCUAAACUCAACUGGUUAUUGUUAAUUUGUUGAUGGACAAUGCUAAGCAAUUCCUGACUUAAGUAAAGUUACUUGUAGUUCUCCAAUCAAUUUAGUAGCAUGUUUCAGUCUUAAUUUGACUUGUAAGUCCACAAAUAAUCAAUGUCAGGAUUAUGAUGUGAGUGCAUUCACAACCAUUGCUUAGAUUACUAAGUUGGAAACAUUCCCAUAUUCACCCUCUGUUUGUUAAUAUUAUAAGGAGUUGGAAGGAAAACAGUUGAUAUUGAUUUAUGAUUCAGUCAAAGGAUGCUGUCUAAAUGGUGAUCAACCUAAACCAUUCAUUUAUGCUUGCAAUUCCCCAGGCUUAAAUGAAUUAACAUGUUUAAAAUAGACAAAACCUACUUGUCAAUUUGUGAAUGGUCAAUGUUCAACCUUAAGUAAUAAGACUAUUAAUGAAUCGAAGAUCUGUGAUCCCACAUUUAAUUGGAAUGCCUGUGUCUAAUUAAAAUUAAAAUGUAAGUUCUACUAAAACAAAUGUCAACCAGUAGAGGAUUCUGAAACUUGUGUAUCUUUGGCCAAUAUUCAAGCAUCUCCAUUGACAUGCUCCAGUAGAUUAAUUGAUUAAAAAGCGUGCAUUUUCGAUUCAGUUACUUACACUUGCAUAAUAUCUGCGUCUACUACUUUGUCUUGUACUCAGAAUGGACUGAAUAAAUAUGGAUGCAUCAUGAAGACAGACUUGGAAUUCUGUAGAUUCAAUGAUAUUACAAGUACUUGUAUUUCCACUUACGAAAACAAUUUAACCUGUCAACACUUCACAAAUGAGAACAAAUGUCUGUUUGUUAAGACUGCUAAACAGUAUUGUAAAUUUGAUAAUGGAUGUACAGCAAUCGAUCCACUUCAAGUAGUCUCUUGUUAUAAUUUGACUCCAACAAAUCCAAUCACAUGCACAGCCGCAGAGUCAGUAGCUUGUAAAUAUGACAGAGUUACUUAAAAGUGCGUUUCAGUACUUGCAGCCAUGGAUUUGAAUGAGCCAUAAUCUAAUAUGAUAUCAUUUAACAAAUUAGCAUGUAUGAAAUAUCAAACAGAUGGUAAAUAAGUUAUCUACACAACUGAGGGAUGUGUUGAAGUUGAUGUAGAAGACUUAGCUAAUCUGACAUGUGAUUAACCAGUAAAUCAAUUUACCUGUUCUUAAAUCACUAAUCCAACUCAAUAUUGUAUUUAUAAGGAUUAUAAAUGCUAAUUUAUUUUGCCAAAAGAUAUCACAGUGAAAUCCUGUGAGAGUAUCGGUUAUGUAAAUCAAUAAGAAUAUUGUGAAUAAGCCAAUGAUGUGCCUUGCAAAUUCAAUUCAUUUACAAAAUUAUGCGAGUAAAUCGAUUUGGAUUCAGACCCUAUUACUUCUUGUGUAAGAGGAAUAAACAAAUAAGCAUGUGAAUCUUUGGCCUCUUGCAGAUUUGAUUAGUUUUGUUUAGAAGCCGCAAAAAGUUGUUCAGGCAGUGCAGAUUGUACAAAUGUGAGUGCACAACCAUGCAAAUUAGACAAUAGCAAUAAUUGUGUAUUGGCAACUGAAUUAGCCACUCUGAAUUGUGAUAAAGUAGUGAAUAAAUUUGGAUGCAUAUAGAUUUCAACUCCUCUCUAAUAUUGUCGUUUUUCAUCAUCAAAAUGUUAAUAAGAAGAUCUAAUCAAAUUCAAAAAUGAGGAAUGUGAGAACAUUACCAAUAUCAAUUCACCUUACUUCUGUGAAUAACCAACUGACAUUGCCUGUCGAUAUGAUCAAUUCCAAAACAGAUGUGUAGAGUCUCUGCCCACUGAUAAUCUGGAUUGCAUCAGAGGCUUAAACGAGUACGCUUGUCUCAAAUACACCAAACCUACUCUAAGAUGCAGAUUCACUGAUUUUUGUUAUGGACCAACCUAACCGAUGUUCGAGUGCGACAACACUUUAUUUGAUUGUUGCAACAAGGCUCCUGAUAUGAAUACUUGUCUAUUGUAAAAUCUUCUGGAUUGCCAAUGGGAUGGCACCAAGUGUAUCAAAUACACCAAUCCAAUCACUACAUGCACUCUACUGAAUACUUCCAAACUCACUUGCAUCAAAUCUACUGACAAAAACUGUGUGUUCAAUCUAUCUACUAAGUCUUGUGUCUAAAUAGCAGAACCUACUUCAUGUGAUCAAUUGCAAUCUGCUGAACAAUGUUAGAUGGUCCUCUCAUUGCCCUGCAUUUGGAUCAAUGAACAGUGCAAGUAUCAUGAAUCCACUGUCUUUGAAUAAUGUGCAGAUAUCACUUCUGCCUUCGGAUCCAUGAGAGCAUGUCUCAAUAUUGUAAGAUCUGGACAAAUGUGUUAAUUUAAGGAAGGCCAAUGUUCCUCUUACUUCCAUGACUCCCCUCUAUGUCUAGAUAACAUCAAUAAAGUAGCUUGUGUCAGUUAGGCUACUACCAAGUGCUAUUGGAAAGUUGAAACUGUUCAAAUCAAAAAGCUCAAGACUUCUUAACCUAUACCUGUUCAAUUUGGCACUUGUGCUUCUUUUGUCGAUGAUAAAAUCACUCUUUGCAAUUAAAAUCUCAGUUAUUUAUCCUGUCUGUCUAUCACCACUCUGAAUUAAAAUUGUAAAUGGCUCAAUGGGCUAUGCAUUUCCAUACCUGAAUCUGAUUCUAUUGUUACACCUCAAACUCAUGCGCUUGCCAAUGUUAAUGCUUGUGCUCUUGUCAACACAGAACCUGUCUAUUAUGAUUCUAAACAGCACUUUUGUGUCAAAGUUUAACCUACUGAUUCAAUUGCUUGUUUGCCACCUACGCCGGGAUUAAACAUGAAAGCGUGUCUUACUAUCACCAACUAAAGAUGCAGAUGGAAUUUCGAAAAACAAUAAUGCGAAUUCUCAAAAUCUAAAAUUAGCAGGUAGCUUUGA